UAGUACAUACCCUUUUGCCUGGGAUUGCCCCAAUUCACUCUUUUUGCUCUCAAUACUUUUGUCUUUUUAACUUACUCUCACUCUCUCUCUAGUUUCUGUUUUUUUCCAAAAUUCUCCUCUUCAAAAAAUAUGCAGGGUUUUGGAACUAUGGAAGUUGGGUUUUACAGCUCUCAACUGGGAAAAAUCAUGUCUUUCUCUCAGUUGGAAUUUGUGAUGUUAGAGACUCUUUUGCUUGCUGGAAAAUCUCUUGCUUGCAUUUUGCUUAUGACAGGAGCUCUAUUGGGCGGUGUCCGUGAGCAAUCUGGACUGACAGCUAUUGAGAACAGGUUUCCUAUUGAUGAACUCCGGAAAACAGAACAACCUGGUCCUGAGAAUAAAGAUGCCAGUGACACAGAGGACGACGACGAUGAAGAAGAUGGAGAUGGUGUAGAAGAUGAGGAUGAUGAUGGGGAUGAAGAUUUCUCAGGAGGAGAAGGUGGGGGAGAUGACGAUGACGAGGGGGACCCGGAGGAGGAUGCACCAGAAGCUAAUGGUGAAGGGGGUAGCGACGAGGAAGAUGAUGAGGACGGUGGUGAUGAUGAUGAUGACGACGAUGAUGAGGAUGGCGAGGAAGAAGACGAGGAAGAGGAGGAAGAAGAUGACCAGCCUCCCGCAAAAAAGAGAAAGUAACUGAGAAUGAGUUUAGGUUUCUUAGGGUUUUUCAACUUUGUUUCUUUUAAGCUUCCAAUGUAGGAGUUCAAUAGAAGGUGGGAGGCUUCAGGAUUAAUGUCUAUUUGGGUCAGGUUAGGGCUUUCACAUGGUGGUUACACAUUGGAAAACAUUGCUAGCUCUAUUGUGCAAUCAUUUGUAGAAUGGUUGAUUAUUUUGAUUUGAAUGUUUCCUUGUGUCAAAUAAAUUAUUAAGUAGCUUAUGUAUGUUCUUUGUUGGGUGGA